ACAUAACAACAAAAAAAUUUCUGUCUCUACUUCUAGAAUUUUCAUCCCAAGCUGGGAGAAAAGUUCUACAGUCAUGUAUGGAACGAAGGGUUGUGGAGUAAGGAACGAAGGGUUGUGGAGUAAAUUUAUGUUUAUGGUCCAACACUUUUUUUCCUUUAUCUUUCCUAAUACUAUGUUGAUAUGAUUAAAAGUUCCUUUAUUAAGGUUCAAUUCAAAGUUGAUGGCAAGCUUGGGCAAAUGUCUUUGAUUAUAUUAAUCUUCUGCCAAUUAACACGUUUCAGUUAAAAAAAAAAAAAAAUACUUAUUCACAAUAAAUUAGUCUGAAGUUGACUCAUUCAAACUGGGGUGCACAAUCAAAGGUCUUAGGAAAUAUAAGACAAGGUCUCUCGCAGUUAAAUAAUGUUUUGUUUUUGCAGUUAGUUACUUCUCUAAUUUUGGUUUGGUUCUUCCCAAGUCAAGAUUUUUCUGACAUUAUCUAUGAUAAUACAAUAUAGUUAGCUUGGGUCCACUCCAUGAAUUAUUUUAAUUAUAGUAAUAGAAAAUUCAUUAUUUUGUGCUUGUGGGUUUUGAGUUAUGGUCAAUAGAAAUUAUUGGGUGAAGAAGAAACUUUCAAGUCAAAAAUCCAUAAACCCAUUGAGUUUGCCGUGUCCACAUCUAAUUUCCCAUCCUCUAUAUUUGCUCCAUCAACGCUUUCUCUCUCUAUAAUGUUGUCAAAUUUGCCAUAAUUGAGUUGAAAAAUACAGCUACAGAAAAUGAAGUUCUUUCCUCCUUGUAUGAUUUGCUUCUCCUCUUCUCAAAAAAACGACAUUGAUAAUAGUUAUGAUGAGGAAAACAAUGAAAACUUCCGGUUAUUCACUUAUAAUGAACUGAGAUUAGCCACUAAUGGAUUCAGCUCAUCAAACAAGAUUGGAGUAGGUGGUUUUGGCACUGUGUACAAGGGCCGGCUUAGGGAUGAAAGUCUAGUUGGGGUAAAAGUUCUUUCUAUUGAGAUUGAAUCCAUGAGAGGAGAGAGGGAAUUCAUAGCUGAAUUAGCUGCUCUUUCUGAUAUCAAGCAUGAUAAUCUAGUUGGCCUUAGAGGUUGCUGUGUUGAUGGAGCUACCAGAUAUUUGGUUUAUGAUUACAUGGAAAACAAUAACCUUUCCCACACUUUACUUGGUGGAGAGCAGAAUAGACUUAAAUUUAGUUGGGAAACAAGAAAACACAUUUCAUUGGGGAUAGCACAAGGACUUUCGUAUCUUCAUGAGGAACCUCGUAUAGUCCACAGAGAUAUUAAAGCAAGCAAUAUACUUCUAGACAAAAAUUUCACACCAAAACUUGGUGAUUUCGGUUUAUCAAAGAUUUUGAGAGAGAACAGCUCUCAUAUCAGUACUCGAGUUGCUGGGACAAUGGGUUACCUUGCUCCAGAGUAUGCCAUUAGUGGUCGUUUGACAAGGAAAUCAGAUAUUUACAGCUUCGGUGUACUGCUCUUGGAGAUCGUUAGUGGCCGAAAAGUUGUUGAUUUUGACAUGGAACAUGGAGAGCAUUACCUGGUUCAGAAGGCUUGGGAAGCUUACAAGGGUGAUGAACUUAUUCAGUUAGUUGAUUCUGUUCUUGAAACAAACUUUCCUGAAGAAGAAGCAGUGAGAUUCAUCAAGAUCGGACUUCUUUGCGUGCAAGAACAUGCCAGGCUGCGGCCAUCAAUGGCUACCGCAAUAAAGAUGUUAGCUAACGAGAUUGAACUGAGAGAUGUUGAGAUAUCACAACCUGGGCUGGUUUCCGAUCUCAUGUCUAUAAAAAUGGACCACCAGAAUUUGUCUCAAAGCACUUUCUCAAAGGGCUCCACAAUCAGCUUCCAAAGUCCUCGUACAUCUUAUUUCUGACUACCAUGUUUUUCUUUUUCUUCCUUUUAGUUUGUUUUUUUUUUAACACGAGAUUUUUGCUCAUCCUAACUACCAGCUUGUGUAGAGUCCACACAUGUAUUGUAUUGUGUACAUAUUGGGUUUGGAUGAGUUAUUUUUUUUACUCCAGACUCAUGACUCAGUUAGAAUAGAGACUCUUGAUUGUGUUUUGAGUACAUAUAACAACAGUGCAAAAUGAAUUGUGUA